AAGCAGAAGAAGAUAAUCAAGGCUGAAAAGUGUUUGAGACUACUGUGUGUGUGUGUGUGUGUGAGACGAUAUAUGUAUUUAUGUGUGGAUGUCUGAGGGGAGAUGCCCGUCAUCCUCAUGGCUACUCUGAUGAAGUCUGGACUUCCUACUCGUGCCGUUCUGCCGCUAAGCACACACUCCUACUCCAGCACUCUCAAACACACACACACAGGUCCAGGAAUGCUGCCCUCUCUGACUGAGAGACAUCAAGAACCAGCACACUUACAGAUCUACACGGACUGGGCGAAUCACUAUUUGGCCAAAUCAGGACACAAGCAGCUGAUUAAAGAUCUGCAGCAAGAUGUUUCCGAUGGAGUACUUUUGGCUGAAAUUAUCCAAGUCGUAGCCAAUGAAAAGAUUGAGGACAUUAACGGCUGCCCGAAGAACCACUCGCAGAUGGUUGAAAAUAUCGAUACAUGUCUGGCUUUUCUGGCAGCAAAAGGUGUGAACAUACAGGGACUCUCAGCUGAAGAGAUAAGAAAUGGGAAUCUGAAGGCGAUACUUGGACUGUUUUUCAGUUUAUCUCGAUACAAACAGCAGCAGCAACAGCAGCAGAGCUCGUUACACACACACCUCACACACAUUCAAACACAUACUGCACAAACACACACAGCCUCCUCGCAUGGGACACACGCCUCAGCAGCACAGAUUCAUCGAGCACAGGCGGAAAUGCAGUCCAGGACUUCCUCUGAGAGCAAACUUCUCAAGUUUUCCAUUGGUCAGAAAAAGACAUCUAGACUUCCUGGCCCUACACCAAGAGUUUCUGGUGUGUGUGUUGAGUCGUCGUCUCGAGGGUCACUCAGCUCAGCAGGGAACAGACGCAGCCAGACGUUCAGUGAAAAAAUCAAACCUGCAGCUACGCAGACCAGAGAAUCAUCAGACGCCAUUGCCUUCCAGCCUCCGAGCAUGACCGAGCACGCUCCAUCGUCAUUGGCAACCACGUCUGCCGCCACCAGCACUGUGCCGUCUUCCUCUUCCGCAUCCUCUGCCACUUCCAGUUCGGCCAUCCCUCAGCCCAACUCGAGCAGCAAACCCUGGAGGAGCAAAUCUCUGAGCGCCAAAAACAUGUCUACCUCCACUGUUUCCCCAGUUAAAGGGGAAGUUCCUUCCAAACAGAAUCCUCCCACUGACCCGCCUCCGAAAUCCCUGCCUCAGAAGUCCAUGUUGGAAAAACUGAAACUGUUCAACAGUAAAAGUGGCUCGAAAUCCUCGACACCUCCAGAGGGCGCUGCACAAAUGUCGCUCAUGUUAGAGAAGGUAGAAGCUACCGAGCCUGCGGAGGAAGCUAACGGCUAUGCGUUGACAAGCAGCAGCCCAAAGAUGGCACUGAAAGGCAUUGCACAGCGCACCUUUAGUCGAGCACUCACGGCUAAAAAGGGCUCAGUGAAGGGUGCCGACAAAGAGAAGGACAGCGACAAAGAGAAAGAGCGGGUUAAGGAGAAAGAGAAGGACAAAGAGAGAGGAAAGGAGACCUCGAAAAGAAUGUUCACUUUUGAGAAGUCAGCGAGUAAAGACGCUGUAACCACAGAGGACGUGACUACCAGAAGUGAGGUUAGCAUCGCAGCUGCUGAGCCUAAACGGACCUCAAAAAUUGCUAGCCUCAUUCCCAAAGGAGGCAAAACCAGCGGCAAGAAAGACAGCGCCCCCUCUAUGCAUAGCGGAAUCCCUAAACCAGGAAGUAAAGGCACAGCUAAGAGCUCAGGAGUGCCGCUGAAUGGCAAAGACAACGAAAGACCACGUAGCAUGAGGCUAAGCAGUGGAGUCGGUUUCCAUGGAGACAGCCGUCCCUCUUCUUCCUCUUCCAGUCUGGCGUCUACAGAGGGCAAAGGUCAUCAGAAUCACAGCGUAACCUCAGUAGGAAAUGGAGGAACUACCCAAUCCACCGCUAGCAACACAGUUAGUGUGCAGCUUCCUCAGCCUCAGCAGCAGUACAGCCACCCAAACACAGCCACUGUAGCACCGUUCAUGUACAAAUCCCAGACAGAUGGGGAUGACACCACAGAAACUGGCUCCCCGGGACGCACUGGAGAGUCGGUUAGCUUCAGCAAAACCAACCAGACGUCCACGGAAGAUUUAUCAGGUGAAGAUCCUGAGACUAGGAGACUGAGAACAGUCAGAAACAUUGCAGACCUUCGACAGAACCUGGAAGAAACCAUGUCCAGCUUACGGGGGACACAGGUCACACACAGUGCUCUGGAAACGUUUGAUAGUGGUGUUACUAUGGAAAUGAACCCUCGUGCUUUUCGGUCAUCUCGUGCAGCGCCGCUAUCGUGGACCAAUCGGCUCGGUCCGUCCAGCCCGCGGCUGCAGGCAGGCGACGCCCCGUCCCCAGGAAACGGUUAUCCGGCCCAUGGGGGCGUGGGUGGGGCUGCCCUGGGUCACACACGCUACCUUUACUCUGCUCCUCUGCGUAGGCAGCUAGCAGCACGCAGCAGCGCUGUCUGUGGGCUUGAGCUGGGAGAGCGUGGAGGAGAGGAACUCGAGCUGGACGUCAGUGGCUACGUGAGCGACGGAGACGUGCUGGCCAAGAAUGCACAUACUGAUGAGCUCAGCAGUGGCUACCUGACUGAUGGUGGGUUGAGUUUAUACACUCGCCGUAUGAACCGGUUCCCAGAUGGACUGGCACUGAUGCGAGAAACUUUGCAGAAACACGUAUCGACUGGUCAAGGAGAUGCAGACAGUUGGGAUGACAGCAGCUCUGUCAGCAGUGGGAUUAGUGACACGAUCGACACUGAUGACAUCAACACGAGCUCCUCCAUCAGCUCAUACACACACACAUCUGCCUCAUGCAGAGCUCUGAACACCCAGCCGCAGACUGAUGCUGAGAAACAUUCAGUGGUUGAGCGACACUCGAGUUGGUCCUGUGAUGAAGUCCAGAAAUCAGAUGCUGGUUCAGACAGCGGUGUGAAAAUGGAGUCUGGUGUAAAAUGGCGCCAAAACCCUUCUGACGUAUCAGAUGAGUCGGAUAAGGGAGGAUCCGGGAAGAGGUCUGGUGCCGUCUCUCAGACCGGCUCGUGGAGGCGGGGCAUGAGUGCGCAGGUCGGCGUGACGACACCACGCACCAAAAACACAGGACCAGGCGUGAUGAAAUCACACGGAACCGCAAAAACUGACGAUGCUAAAGUGUCAGAGAAAGGCCGCAUUUCUCCCCACGCUAACAACAUCCAGAGCUGUGACUCCGCCCCUUCUCGCGUUUCCUUCGGCUUUAAGAAACCCAGCUCCGGGUCCGUCUCGGGUCCCCCUGCCACGGCGAUGACUUCUAGCACAUCCAGCAGAGUCACGGUCAUCAGUGGCUCAGCCACACUGGGGAAAAUCCCCAAAUCCACGGCUCUGCUGGUGGGUGGCGUCAGAUCUGGUCUGAAAGGGUCAACACCAGAGUGCGCCAUGGUGACUCAGGAGGACGGCGGCCUAGUGACCGGCGUCCGGUCGACUCUGCAGUACCGCAGCCUGCCAAGACCUUCACGCUCCUCCCACAACCGCGCGUCCAUCAGCAGCAUCGAAUCAGGAUCGAGCGGCCGAGGCCCUGCCAUCAGUAUGACCAUCCCGGCCAAUAAGACGCGAGAGUCCGUCCCCAGCGUGAAAACCAAUCAGACGGACAAGGAGAAGGGUGGAGUCUCAGAUACGGACAACUUAAGAGCAAAUGUUGUUGGCUCAAGUUCGACAAUUCCUCAGACAGCGAGACAAGGGAGUAAAUAUACAGAAGUUUCAUCACCCACAUUGCGCAGACUCUUCGGAGGUAAAGCUGCUAAGCAGGUCACCACCACAGAGAACCUGAAGAACUCUGUGGUCAUUUCAAACCCUCAUGCCACAUUGGGACACCACUCUGUGCCCUCUGCUGGGCUCCUGGACUCCCCCUCAGCGGGCAGCAGUGUGGGUGCAGGGGGUAGCGAGCAGGUAUCCAGCCCCGGUUCGGGUUACUCUGGGGGCACCGGGACAUGGGGCCACCCGUCUGUCAGCAGUAUGCACACCAGCACUGAAUCCAUCGACAUGUCAGUCAGCAGCGGGAAUCAGCGCGACAGCAGCCACCAGGCGAUCACUCGCACCGGAAGCGCCAAGACGGAGAGCCCUUUCUCUUCCCCUUCUGCUAGUCCCAAAUUCAGCCGCAACACCUUGCCUCGGAAGCAGGACAGCCGGUACACCCCGUCACCGCAGCUCCGCCCAGAGGAGGCCCGUGAUUGGCUGCGCUCCCAUUCCAUCAGCGGAUUGCAGGACUCAGCCAGUAACUCGCCGUUUUCUACCGGUUCCAGCGUGACCUCGCCGUCUGGGACGAGGUUCAAUUUCGGGCAGCUUGCUAGUCCUACCACAGCAGCUCAGCUCAGCCUCAUGAGUCUCCGCAACAGCAGUCUGACCAAUCAGGAUGCGGUUCUGGACACGUGCAACGAGGGCCGCUUGAGAAACUCCUGUGUCUCCUUGGACGAGAAAACUCGCAUCAUGAGUCGCUCUGCCUCCUUCAGAGACGGCUUUGAAGAAGUACAUGGUUCAUCUCUUUCUCUGGUCUCGAGCACGUCUUCCAUCUACUCCACGAAUGAAGAAAAGUCACAGUCAGAGAUUCGGAAGUUGCGCAGAGAGCUGGAUGCCUCGCAGGAGAAAGUGUCAGCACUGACAACACAGCUGAGUGCUAAUGCCCACCUGGUAGCAGCAUUUGAGCAAAGUCUGGCCAAUAUGACCAUCAGACUGAAGAGCCUCACAAUGACAGCAGAGCAGAAGGACACUGAACUGAAUGAAUUGAGAAAGACCAUCGAAUUGCUAAAGAAGCAGAACGCUGUGGCUCAAGCUGCCAUUAACGGUGUCAUUAACACUCCUGAACUCACCUGCAAACCUGAACGUACAGCUUCUGUGGGCUCAGUCUCAGUACAGGCAGAGAUGUGUAUGCGCAGGCAGCACUCAUCAGACAGUGUGUCCAGCAUUACCAGCCACUCCAGCAUGGAGAAUACAGACAACUGCAGCAGGAAGAAGAAGAAAAACUGGUUGCGCAGCUCCUUUAAGCAGGCGUUCACCAAAAAGAAGUCACCUAAAUCCGCCUCGUCCCAUUCAGACAUCGAGGAAAUGAAUGACUCGCUCCCUUCAUCUCCUAAGCUUCCUCAUAAUGGAUCCAGCGGCUCAACACCCAUGCUCAGGAACUCCAACUCACUGUUGCCGGAGGGUUUAGAUGGAGAGGCGGAGACCGUAAUGCAGCUGCGGAGCGAGUUGAGAGAGAAAGAAAUGAAGUUGACGGACAUCCGGUUAGAGGCACUAAGCUCCGCCCACCAGCUCGACCAAUUACGAGAGGCCAUGAAUCGGAUGCAGUCUGAGAUCGAGAAGCUGAAAGCGGAAAAUGACCGAUUAAAGAUGGAGAAUCAAACGACGAACGGUGGCCGAGCGUUAAUCACCCCAAGUUCCAUCACGCCUCCAUCAGCUGAACUCGCGCAACAAAACCUCCACGAGUCCACAAGCUUCGAUAUUCUGCUGGAUGAUUCUGGAGGAGACGGCAGUUUCCAUAAAGACGGCCAACACGUAAAGAUUGUAGUCAGUUUACAGAGGGAAGACGCUCCCUGGAAAGAGGAGUGCAGACCUCGGGACUUCCUGAUCGGCUGUAUUGGAGUUAGUGGGAAAACCAAAUGGGACGUUUUGGAUGGAGUAGUGAAACGCCUGUUUAAAGAAUACAUCAGACAUGUAGAUCCAGUCAGUCAGCUGGGACUAAGCUCUGACAGUGUGGAGGCGUACCGCAUUGGAGACGUGAUCAGGCCCGGUAGAGCAAAAACUCCAGAACUACUUCCCUGUGGAUACUUAGUAGGGGAAAACAACACAAUAAACAUUACACUAAAAGGUGUGAGCUCCCAGUCGACUGACUCUCUCGUGUUUGAGAUGUUAAUCCCGAAGCCUGUGUUGCAGCGCUACGUGUCACUGCUACACGAACAUCGCAGGCUCAUUCUGUCUGGUCCAAGUGGCACGGGGAAAACAUACCUGGCCCAGCGUCUCGCUGAACACCUGGCACUGCUCGAGGGACGCACAGAUACACAUACUGCCAUCGCCACCUUCAGCGUGGACCACAAGUCAAGCAAGGAGUUACGGCAGUAUUUGUUGGCUGUAGUGGAACAGUGCAGUGUGGAUCAACGUGCAGCUCCUUUAGUGAUCAUACUGGACAAUUUGCAUCACAUCAGUUCACUGGGAGAGAUAUUCAAUGGCCUCCUUAACCAAACACGCCAGCACUGCCCGUACAUCAUCGGCACCAUGAGUCAGACCACAUCUUCCUCUCCUAAUUUGCAGCUUCAUCAUAACUUCAGGUGGGUUUUGUGUGCAAAUCACACCGAGCCAGUGAAGGGCUUCCUGGGCCGUUUUCUAAGGAGGAAGCUUAUCGAGACCGAGAUCAGCAGCAGGACACGGAAUCCGGAGCUGGUGAAGAUCGUUGAGUGGAUUCCUCGUCUUUGGCAUCAUCUGAACUGCUUCCUGGAGGCUCACAGCUCAUCAGACGUCACUAUAGGACCACGUCUUUUCCUGUCAUGUCCCAUGGACGUGGACGGGUCACGCAUUUGGUUUACGGAUCUGUGGAAUUACAGCAUCAUCCCAUACAUGCUGGAAGCUGUCAGAGAGGGUUUGCAGCUGUAUGGACGCAGAGCUGCAUGGGAUGAUCCUGCUCGUUGGGUGUUGGAGACGUUUCCAUGGCAAUCAAGCACCAAGCACCCUGAUUGGCCUGCGCUGUUAAAACUCCGCCCAGAAGAUGUGGGUUUGGAUGGAGGCUCAACCUCUAAAGAGGGAGCUACCAAACAGAGCAUCCAGAGUGACAGUGAUGCUGAUCCUCUGAUGAACAUGCUGAUGCGUCUGAAGGAGGCGGCUAACUGCUCCAGCACUCAGAGCUAUGACAGCGACUCCAACAGCAACGGUCACCAUGACGACAUCCUCGACUCAUCCCUGGAGUCGACGCUCUGAUGCGUCUUUUUACACUUUUCCAUCCUAAAACCUCCUGGGAAAGUUUCCUCGUGUUCAGGCAGGAAUGAAAGUAAUUGCACUACUCACAGUUCAGUUAGCAAGUUCCCAUAAUGUAAUACCUGUUGUGGAGAUGAACAGGCUUGAUGAAGAAGAAGAUGAAGAGGAAGAAGACAGAAACUGCACUACUUAUAAUUCAUCUUCAAACCACCUGCUGUGAUGGAUGGAUUAAAGAAUAGCACACGACAUCAGACAGAGAUUUUCCAGAAUCCUUACCUCACUAUAGGCCACCUUUAAUAAUAAUAAUAAUAAUAAUAAUUUUAACUUUGAAUAAGUUUAAAGCUUUGCCUGGCAUCGCCCCACAGCUUUCUUUGAGAAACAUCAAACCAUCUCUGUCUUUUCUCUCAUACAACGUUGUGUUGACAGAAUUGGUGCUACGAAUGAUUUUCUUCGCUACUGUGAAUGUCUGGACACACAUGACAGUGGCUCACAAAAGUGUGCCUCUGAUGCUGGCCAUCAUUUUAUAUAAGUCAAAGGACUGACGCGUUCUGGGAGACUUUCCCGGAGGACGAGGCAAGGUGAUUUUGUAUACGUUCGUUUCCUGUUCUGUAAUCGUUCGUUUGCAUGAUCAGUAUUGGUUCCUCACCAGCAUGGAGUUUUCCCUUGGUUUGUGUCUCGUAGGCACUCGUUCACUGAAGAACUCCCUCGGUCUCUCUUUCAUCUCCUCUUUUUGGUGCUGAAGAACCCGGUGCCUUACUGCAUUUUUGCAUUGAGAACCUGAAUGGCGCUGUGUUCUUAUCCUCUCGAGCAAAAGGGCUUCAUGCUGCACACAUGAGCAGCUCAGAGUGGUUUCAUCAUUAUAAUGACACUUACAAUCGUCUUAUUGCUUAUACAAUGCAGAGGAGGAAUGAAAACAUUAGGCACAAAAACCCUGUGAUGCUUUGAAGGAGCAUGCACAGAUGUGCGUGUUUAUACCUCAUCGACUGUCCAGAACUUUACGUUGGCCUUAAUUCCCAUGCGACAUCACUGUGAAGGGGAAUGACUUAAAGAGUGCUUAUCUCGGAAUCCCAAAUGUUCACUGGUUUUCUAAAAUAAAAGAGCUUAAUAUAGUUUGUAAACAGUUUGUAAAAGCCUGCCCAAGCUGCGUUUUAGAAUUCUUGUUUCAAACCUCAUUGAAAUACUCGACACAUCCACUGUACAUCAGGUAGUUAGCCCCACCCAUUCAUGUUAUAGCAGGUUCAUUCUCCCCUUUCAUUGUACAGCAGGUUAGCCCCGCCCAUUUACUUUAUAGUAGGUUAGCUCCACCCAUUCAGCUCUGGCCAUUUACAUUACAGCAGGUUAGGCCCACCUGUUCAUGUUACAGCAGAUUAGCUCAGCCAUUCACGUUACAGCAUGUUAGUCUGACCCAUUCACGGUACAACAGGUUAGCUAUACCUAUUUACUUUACAGUAGGUUAGCUCCACCCAUCUUUUCACUUUACAGCAGGUAAGCCCCGCCCACUUUCACAGAAUUCUGUAGCAGUAUUUAAGUGAAGGAUGUUGCAUCAUGCAGGUAAACCUUGUACCUAGCCAUCAGGAAACAAAUAAGCUACAUAAGUGUCCACAUGAGCGUCAGUGUUCUGAAUUAUGGCAUGCUAUGAUGCGACGUUACUGCUGAAAGAUGAAUAUUUAGGACCCAACAGCAGACCCACACCCUGGAAGCCUGAGAUAUCUCAUUGAUUCAUGACUUCAGUAUGAACCCUGGGGGGCAGCUUUAUCUAACCAUGUAUGCAUUGUACUCAAUGAGCUAACAUUAGCUAGCUACAGUCAGCCUUUCUAAUCUGCUAAUUCUGUAGCUAGUCAUGUCACUAACAGUCGCCUAUUUUUUAUCUCUUCGUUUUGUUCUGAGAGACGAAGAAAGGAAGGGAAAUGCUAAAAUGAAUGAUGACUUUUUGUACAUAAAACUACGCAAAUAUUAUAAGUGGACUUCAGGGAAAAAGAUCAAAAACAAAAACAUCGUUGGAUACGGGACCUUAAUGCUAAUUAAUGCCAUAUCAGAUGACUCUUCCGCUGCUUUUAUAGACUUUUAGGAAGAGUUAGUGAAUGGAACGACAGAAGAAACAAGUGUUGGUUGGAUAUCAGGAAUUGAUUGUGGUUUUGUUUAAAUUCCUCAUGAAUUUCUUGUGUUGUUGAAUUUGUGCAGAUUUAUGUUAAUAAUGUCGCUUACCUUCAGCAUCUUGAUCCUAUGCAACAUUGUUCAGAUUUUAUAUGGAAGCCAAAUAAGGUAUCAGCACUGCCAAGUGUGUGUGUGUGUGUGUGUGUGUGUAUUUAUAUAAAUAUGGAUUGUACACUCUGUAUAUACUCUGUGAAUAAUUCUCAGAUUAUGAUGUGCCUACAUUUUAUAAAGUUGGAUGUAAGUCAAUUCAAGCACAGACCUGUUUUAAUUUUAUUCUCAUUACUGAAUGUUUAUUUGCUGUGUAAAUGAGUUAAAUGCACAACAUUCAUUUUUUUAAAAUCCUGCAUUUGGAUGAAUAAAAUUUUACUUACAUGUUUAUAA